AUGCCUCAUCUGAUUUGUUAUUGAGGCUGUGUGAUGAUUUCCUCUCGUCUUUCUAAUAAGGUAACAGUGAGUGUGAUUGGCGGCCGUCUCUCUCCCUCUGUCUGUCUCUCUGUCUGUCUCUCUGUAGGGGGCUGAAUGAGGGGAUACACUUCUCUCAGUCUCUCUGGGCGAGUGGAGGUGAACACAUCGUGUACAGCGAGGAGGGAGAUGGAAAUCUGUCUGACUUUAAUUCUUCUCUCAUCCACACUCACACUCACAGCAGCUGACAAUGUGAGGUUGGUGAAUGGUGGAAGUCGCUGUGCUGGGAGAGUCGAGGUUCUUCAUGAUGGACAGUGGGGAACAGUGUGUAGUAAAAAUUUUUAUAACUGGGAUAUGAGAGAAGCAGCAGUGGUGUGUAGAGAGCUGCGCUGUGGGGAGCCUGUAAAUGUGCGGUAUAGAGCUCACUUUGGACAAGGAUCAGGACCAAUCUGGAUUGAUUAUGUGGACUGUAGAGGAUCAGAGUCGACACUGAAGGACUGUGGGUCACGUGGGUGGGGAAAAAGUGACUGUAAUCAUGGUGCAGAUGUUGGAGUGACCUGCUCAGAACAUGAAGCUGAGAAUAGUGAUGACACCAUUAGAGCUGAUCAGAAGACAGUUAUACAGACAGACAGUUUGAGGUUGGUGAAUGGUGGAAGUCGCUGUGCUGGGAGAGUGGAGGUUCUUCAUAAUGGACGGUGGGGAACAGUGUGUAGUUCUGCCUGGGAUAUGAAAGAUGCUGCAGUGGUGUGUAGAGUGCUGCGCUGUGGGGAGGCUGUAAAGAUUAGUUACUGGGCUUACUUUGGACAAGGAUCAGGAGAAAUCUGGAUAUAUGAUGUGUACUGUAGAGGAUCUGAGUUGACUCUGAACAAUUGUAGCUCACAAGGGGGACAUUUCUGUGCUCAUAAUAUGGAUGCUGGAGUCAUUUGUUCAGAUCACAGAAUGCCGAGACUCAGUGCUGGUCCUCACCGGUGCUCUGGGAGAGUGGAGGUGUUUCAUGGAGGUUCCUGGUCCACAGUGUGUGAUGCUGACUUUGACCAGCAGGAUGCAGAGGUUGUGUGUCGAGAGCUGGACUGUGGGAUUCCUGUGAAGGUUCUGGGAUCAGCUGCUUUUGGACGAGGGGAGGGUCAGGUGUGGACAGAGGAGCUUCAGUGUAGAGGAAAGGAAUCUGGGAUUUACUUCUGUCCAUCAUCAUCUUCACUCAAACAGUCAACCUGUUCCCAUGACAACGAUGUGGGAUUAAUAUGUUCUGGUCACACAGAGGCUCGGCUGGUGAACGGACCGGACUCCUGUUCUGGUCGAGUGGAGCUCCUGUACCUCGGUGUGUGGGGCACAGUUUGUGCUGUAAGCUGGAAUAUGAGAGCUGCAGAUGUUCUGUGUGCACAGCUGGAUUGUGGUAGUGCUGUGGCUGUGGUGAAGGUGGACUGGUUUGGGGAGGGGAGUAACCACAUCUGGGCUGAUGUGUUUGAUUGUCAGGGGAAGGAGACUCACCUAUCACAAUGUGGUGUCUCAUCAUGGAGUCGAGCUGCAUGCUCUCAUAAACAUGACGCUGGUAUCAUCUGUAAUGGAUCCUCUGUGGCACUUCAUGAGGGGCGAGUGCGGUUGUCUGGAGGGAGCGAGUGUCAGGGGGAGGUGGAGAUUUAUUUCAGACAGGACUGGAGGAGAGUUCUCCUGGACUCGUGGAGUCUGUCUGAGGCGUCUGUGCUCUGCAGACAGCUGGGCUGUGGCUCUGUGCUGAACUACCGCUCCUCUCCAUCCACCACUGAACACAAACACAUGUGUGUAACAGGAUUCAGCUGCUCUGGGAGUGAAGAACAUCUGAGGAACUGCAGCAGUGCACAAGCUGAACCUGUCAACUGCAGCUCCGGGGAACAGCUCUACAUCACCUGUUCAGUCCGAGAGUCCAUCAGGCUGGUUGGUUCUGGUGGAGACUGUGCAGGAAGGCUGGAGGUUUUCCACAGUGGCUCGUGGGGGACUGUGUGUGAUGACUCGUGGGGUAUUGAGGAUGUUCAGGUGGUGUGCAGACAGCUGCAGUGUGGAGAGGCCCUCAGUAACCACAUACCAGCCUGGUUUGGUCCUGGAACUGGGUCCAUAUGGCUGAAUGAGGUGGAGUGUGAGGGGAACGAGACGUCCCUGUGGAACUGCAGAUAUCAGCUGUGUGAAGAGGGUGAAUGUGGACACCAUAAGGACGUAGGAGUCGUCUGCUCAGAGUUUAAAGAGAUCCGACUCACGAAGGGCUGUGAGGGGAAUCUGGAAGUGUUCUACAAUGGAACCUGGGGUAAUGUGUGUUACAAUCAGAUGGAAGAUGAGACGGCAAACAUGGUGUGUGGAGAGCUGAACUGUGGAAGACGUGGCAGUCUGUCAAACAAAGAAGCACGAGUAAAAUCUGCUCCUAACUGGCUGGAUCAUGUGAAAUGUAGGAAACACGACUCUAAUCUGUGGCAGUGUCCAUCUUCACCCUGGGGACAGAACAGAUGUAAUAAUCAUGAUGAAGUGGUUAAUAUUAUCUGCACAGAUGAUGGAAAGUCUCCACGUCCACCAGGAAACUGCUCUUUACUUCCCUCUCAGAAACACUGCUCAAGUAAGGAGAUAUAAGGAGAAGCUUUUAGUCCUGUUCUUCAUGUGGAUUUGAUGAACACUGGUCUCUCAGGCUGAGUGGAGGAAAGGGAAGCUGCUCUGGGAGGUUGGAGGUGUAUCAUAACUCUACGUGGGGCUCCGUUUGUGAUGAUCAGUGGAACAUCAUGAACGCUCAGGUGGUGUGCAGA